GUUGUUCAAGUAGUCAUUACAUUCUUUCGUAAAGUCUAGUUUCGAAGCACAGUUGUGCAUUUCCGACGCGUAAAUUUAGCGUACCCGGUUGGGCUCGACCGCGUACUUAGGCUGGCCAAUGUUAUGUGAGUCACAAGCUUGUCAUUGAUACCCGAGUAGUCAUACAUGGUGUAAGCACACAAGCACGCGUAGCACACGACUGCAAUGGCCACAGAUCUGCCGAGUGGCGGGUUGGGAAGCCCAACGGAGACGAAGACGGUUACGGUCUCUUCAACGCCUCCGCUGGUUGGCUCUUUGGCGGGGUCUAACGGUGCGGUUAUCAACCUCGCAUUUGCCAAUGCUGAUCUUGUGCAACGAGCAGCAGGCUUGCCUCUGCCUCAGCAGGUGACACCGCAAGUUGCCACAAUUACACUGACAAGAGACCUGCGCAACGACAUCCAGCUGAACUCUACUGCCCAGAAACCUAUCAUUGUCACAGUAUCUGGCCUGCCCGGUCUUGCUGCUGGCUCAAGGUCACAGUUGGGAACUCCCAUUUCGAUAUCUGGACAAUCGGGCGUGGUGUCGAUUGCGACAACUCAGGCCGCUAUCUCUGGGGAUAAGGUGUUGACAUGCCCCGUUCCGGCAGCCCAGCUGGGGACCGGGCACGGAACGGGAACGGUUGUUGUGACAACCAUGCCUCCUCCGACGUCUUCGGCUGCAGCAGUACUGGUUGGCAAGCCGGGAAGCUUUGCUGUGUUUCCGGCUUCGCAGAGUGUCUUUGGCACGGCACUCUUUGCCCCAACCCCGGUGACUACCGGCACUGCACAGCCGUUUGGGACCGUGAUAGCUGCUUCAGCACCGUCGGAGGCGACCACUUCCGUGACUCCAGCAACAACUCCGACGUCCACGGUGACUAUGGCGGUUUAUGCUGCGGCUCCUGCCACCACAAAUGUCACUGGCACUAGUGUUACAGGCAUCUCGACAAACGCAGUUGGAACGAACCAGACCUUUCAGACGAGGCUCGCCGGCACCGUGAUUCCUGGAACGACCAGUGUACCGGUCACAACCACCCUCCCCAUCACCAUUCCCUGCACCAUUGCAGCAGCCCCUAUCCCAGGAGCAGUUCCAGUAUCCGUAGCAGGAACCCUGUCUGGUACAGCGACGAGAACAAUAGCCGGAGCCAUGACAGCAGCCGUGCCCGUCUCCGUGGCAGCUACGGUACCCGCCAGUAUUGCGGGCACGGUACCGGUCACGGUGCAAGCAUCAAACGUCUACGUUGCGACGGACAUUACGAGCUCUACAGAGCCGAGAUCACUGUUGAUAGCUGGCACAACCGGUUCCAUGACGACGAGUACGGUGUCAAUGGUGUCGUCGGUACCUACACCCAUUGCUGCCACCAUCACCACAAGCGCAGGUAGUACGGCACCGACUGUGGGCAGCAGUGCGGCGUGUGUGAAUGGGGUCGUGCCCACCACAACAAGUACGACCAGUGCGGCGGACCCAGCGAACGCCGACUUUGACCCGAUUCAAGCAAUGGACUGGAAGGACGGGAUUGCGACUUUGCCUGGGAGCAACUUGAAGUUCCGUCUGACCGAAUUUGGCACCUUGGAAGUGGUGUCUGAGGAGCCGGAGACUCCGCCGACGGUGUCGCAGGCGGUGUCGCAGACGGUGAAGAUAGCUCCGAAGGUGUCUGAGCCCGAGAGCCCCCUGAAGGCCUUUGUGGUGCCCCAGUAUACAGCACCAUCCCCCAGCAGCGUGAAAGAAGAGAUUGUGACUUCGCAGAUGACAAGCCCAGGUUCAGAAUUGACAAAUGGCUGUCCAGAAGAUGCGAAGCCAAAAGAGAAAGGCACCGACGAGAUCAUCUGCUGCCAAUUCUGCAGUUGUCACGGCUUGCGGAGCGAGUUUGUCCGCGAUGGUCAUUUCUGUGGGCAACUGUGCUACGUGAACUACACAUCCAGAGAGAGGAUCAAAAGAAAAGAAGAAAUCAUAAAGAAGAAGAAAAGGAAGGUGACACCAAAUGGAGAGGAGGUGGACGAUUCACCUGACGAGGCUCCGCCGAGGAAAGAAAUCAAGCUGAGCUUCAGAGAGGAGUCAAACUCCUCGGAAGCGCAGCGACCGCCUCCGCCAAAGCCAAAGUGCAAACCUUUUGCCUGGAGCGAGUACCUGGAAAAGGAGAAGGUCAUCACGGCACCAGCGAAGUUGUUCAAAGAUUCUCAGGGCAUCCCAAUUGGGAAAAACGGAUUCCGUGUCGGGAUGAAGCUGGAAGCCAUUGACCCACGUCACCAGGCCAUGUUCUGCGUGGUGACAGUGGCCGAAACUGUCGGCUACAGGCUACGGCUUCACUUUGACGGCUACUCGGACUCUUUCGAUUUCUGGACAAAUGCGGACUCUCCGGAUAUUUUUCCUGCCGGCUGGUGCGAACGCACCAACCACGUCCUUCAGUCACCGAAAGGCUAUAAUCAGCAGUCUUUCAACUGGAAUCUAUACUUGAAGGCCUCCAGAGCUCAAGCUGCUCCGAAGCACCUGUUUGCUUGCAAGAAUGGUCAGCAGGUGACACCCGUGGGAUUCCGAGUGGGCAUGAAGCUGGAAGCCGUGGACAAGCGGCAGCCGGGUCUGGUGUGUGUGGCCACCGUGGCCGACCUCAUGGAAGGAGGUCGGUUCCUGGUGCACUUUGACGGACUCGAUGGAUCCUACGACUAUUGGGCGGAUCCCAGUUCACCUUACGUCCACCCAAUACACUGGUGUCGAGAUCAUAACUGCAGCCUCACGCCUCCAUCAUCCUUCAAGGGCCCUUUCUCGUGGGAGAAGUAUCUGGUGGAGACGAAGUCCCAGGCCGUUCCGGGACGUGCAUUCAAGCUGAGGGUGCCCCAAGGAUUCCGACGUGGCAUGCGACUCGAAGCCGUGGAUCCCAGGAACGCGCAGCUCGUUCGAGUCAUGUCUGUGAGCGCUGUGCAGACGCGGGGCUUGGUCCUCCACAUGGAUGGGUGGAGCCAGACCUACGACUUCUUCGUUGAGGAGGACAGUCAGGACAUUCACCCUGCAGGAUGGUGUGCAAAGACUGGCCAUCCACUGGAACCCCCACCUGAUUUUGGCCCCAAAUUGCCUGAUGCUCCAGGCAACUGCCCCACCCCUGGCUGCACAGGAGUUGGUCACAUAAAGGGACCGAAAUUUGCCAGUCAUCACAGCGCAUUCGGCUGUCCCUACUCGGAGCUGAACAUGGAGAAAGAACAGCAGCAGCAGCAGCAGACCGAUCGUCUGGGCAACACUCGCAAUGAGAUAAUGAUCGACAUAGUGCAUGUCGCCCAGGACACUCCCUCUGUGGAAACGACCACCACUUGCGACACUACGCCUAAAGGUGGCACUGUCGAAGGGCUCAGGCGCUGUCCAACUCCAGGAUGCAAUGGAAGUGGCCACCUGAACCAAAAGUACUCUGUGCACCACAAAGCUUCAGGAUGUCCGUUGGCAGGCGGAAAAUUGCAAGUCCCGGAAGCAGCCAAUGGAGACGACAGUAGUCAAGAUAGCAUGCAGGCAACACCUCCAUCAGCACCUCGGGGAAGGGGAAGGCCACGAAAAAACAAGACACCAACUCCAGUUGGCGCCAGUAAUCCAAAACAGGUCAAGAAUGAUGUGCCUACGAGGCAACCUGGGAACGGGAACGACCUGCACAAUUGUGUGCACCAGUCCGUGUUCUGCGGAAACGCGCAGCAGACGACGCAGGGUCCUUCUCCGCCAUCAGGUCCCGAGAAAUCCCUCUGCUGGGAACAGCACUCAAAGUUGAUGUCCAAUAUGGACCUAGUUUCCGGCUCUGUUGUCACUGGGUGGUCGGUCAGCCAAGUGGCCACCUUUGUCUGCUCACUGCCAGGAUGUCAAUCUGUGGCCAAGGCCUUCAGGGACGAGCAAAUUGAUGGAGAAGCCUUCCUGCUGAUGAACCAGUCAGACCUGGUGAGAAUCCUCCGCUUGAAGCUCGGGCCUGCACUGAAGAUCUAUAGUUGCAUACUCAAAUUUAGGAGCACCUGCGACCUUGACUGAUGUGUCCCGUGAAAUAUGAGUGUAUUCACCCUCUAAGUUAACUCCGGCCAAGGUAAAAAAAAGAAGGGUGCAGACUGUUGCCUACAUGCUGUGUUCAAGCAUGUCCAUUUCAUGUCGUCCCAUGUGUUUCAUUGAAUGGAAUGUUAUAAUCAAACCAGUGAACGGAAAUUCAAGAAAUGAUACGUCGCACCGCGAACUUGCAGGGUUCAACCGGUGUGCAGCGUCGUGCCAUAAUCGUAGAAGAGACGGGACUCAUUAUUUAUGAGCAAAUAACAUCCGUUGUGAUAGGUGAUGGUGACAGAAUGACUGUUGUUGAGCGAUUAAUUUGGCUUUUACUAUUUUAAAUAAAGCUAGGCCCUGGAAGGCUUGGAUAAUUUUUCAUCCCUUCUUUUCUGCCACACUCUUCGAGCGUUGAAGAUUUACUCACAACGUAUAACUGUGUUAAAAGAAAAAAAAUACUUGUGAGGCAUUUGCUCAAUCUCUGCCGGCCUGCCAAGUAGUGCAAGCACCGCUCAUGCAUCUAUUUUUCACUAUCAGCUCAGUACCGUAAUAUAGCUUACUUUUCACAUUUAUGUACAUAGCAAAAGUGGGUGUGCAAAGAGAUGUUUAUAAGUGUACAUAACCAAUCAUGUAUAGCAUUGUUGUGCAUUGAAUUCUUAGGCAAUUACAUUGUAGUAUUCACGGUGACAGCUUGCAGCUUUCAGUUCGAAGAUGUGCAAGUUGAUGUACUGUUCCAUGUCACACACAUACAAAUAUUCUUGUUAAGUUUGCAGUUUUUAUCUGCUGUCACUGAAUGUGUUGUCGAUUUUUGAGUUUGUAUGUGUCAAUUAUUGAGAAUAGAUUUUUUUGAUGAUGAUGAUGUUGCAAAUAAAGUGCUGUUAUACCACUCA